AAGGAGCUGCAAACCUCUGACUGCUGAUGAAUGAGCCUCGAGGAAACUUUUGUAUUUGACCUCUUCCAGGAGAUGUUACCGUUAAUAACACUCUGGACCUGAUAGUUGGAAAUUUUGCGUUUUUAUCGGCCCUGGAUUGACUUUAUCUUUUAACUGUAUUGUUGUUGAGCUACUUGGCAGCUGGAACAUGGCACUUUAUCUAGAAGGUCUGAGUAAAGGAGUGGCCAACGGAGGGAUGGCUCAGUUCCAGGAAAUGAUGCGGCAGCAGCUGGAGAGCUCCAUGCACACGGAGCUGGAGAAACUGCUGGACACCACCACAGGGGCCGAGAGAGAGGUGUCCAGGAAAGACUUCGAGGGCUUCAAGAAUCUCUUCCACAGAUUCCUGCAGGUGAAGGGGCCGUCGGUCGAGUGGAUCAAGAUACAAAGACCUCCAGAGGACUCGAUCCAGCCCUAUGACAGGAUCGAGGCUCGCGGCCUGCCGGACAACGUGGCCGACUGUCUGAACAAGCUGGUGGUGGUGAAGCUGAACGGGGGCCUGGGCACCAGCAUGGGCUGUAAGGGCCCCAAGAGCCUGAUCAGCGUCCGCAACGAGAACACCUUCCUGGACCUCACUGUGCAGCAGAUAGAGCACCUGAACAAGACGUACAACACGGACGUGCCCCUGGUUCUCAUGAACUCCUUCAACACAGACGAAGACACAAAGAAGAUCCUUCAGAAGUACACACACCACCGCGUCAAGAUCCACACCUUCAACCAGAGCAGGUAUCCUCGCAUCGACAAGGAGUCGCUCCUCCCUGUGGCCUCCAGCUUGAACAUGAAGGGUCAAGGCACAGAAGGCUGGUACCCUCCGGGCCACGGCGACAUCUACGCCAGCUUCUACAACUCGGGCCUGCUGGACCAGCUGAUCCAACAGGGCAAGGAGUACAUCUUUGUGUCCAACAUCGACAACCUGGGGGCCACCGUGGACCUGCACAUCCUGCACCACCUGGUCAGCCAGCCCAACGGCAAGCGCUGCGAGUUCGUCAUGGAGGUGACGGACAAGACGCGUGCCGACGUGAAGGGCGGCACUUUGAUCCAGUACGAAGGAAAACUGCGUCUGCUGGAGAUCGCCCAGGUGCCCAAGGCCCACGUGGACGAAUUCAAAUCGGUUUCCAAGUUCAAGAUCUUCAACACCAACAACCUGUGGAUCUCUCUGGCUGCCAUCAAGAGGCUGCAGGAGCAGAAGGCCAUGAACAUGGAGAUCAUCGUCAACCCCAAGACUCUCGAUGGAGGACAGAACGUCGUCCAGCUGGAGACGGCGGUGGGCGCGGCCAUCAAGAGCUUCGACUUCGCUCUGGGGAUCAACGUUCCUCGCAGCCGCUUCCUGCCGGUGAAGACCACGUCCGACCUGCUGCUGGUCAUGUCCAACCUGUACAGCCUGGACGCCGGCUCGCUCACCAUGAGCCCCAAGAGGGAGUUCCCCACCACGCCGCACGUCAAACUGGGCAGCUCCUUCACACAGGUUCAGGAAUACCUGACCCGCUUCGAGAGCAUCCCCGACAUGCUGGAGCUCGACCACCUCACCGUGUCCGGAGACGUCACGUUUGGAAAGAACGUUUCCCUCAAGGGCACCGUCAUCAUCAUCGCCAACCACGGCGACCGGAUCGAUAUCCCCGCCGGCUCCAUGCUGGAAAACAAGAUCGUGUCCGGUAACCUGCGCAUUCUGGACCACUGAGGCCUUUCUACAACCCCCCCCCCCCGCAUCAUGUGAUCCCGUUUGGUUUCUAUCGCAGUCAUGUGACCCGUUUGUCAUGUUACCGACACAGACAGUGUGUGAUGCAUGUGCAGCUCUGCUGAACGUGUGUAGCUUGCAUAUACUGCCCCCUACAGGCUUCUUAAGAAUUAUAUCAGAGGUUUAUGAUUUAUAUCGAAAUAAUCACAGCUGUCACUUUACAUAGACAUUUAGAAGUCAUAAGAGAAACCAACAGAUUUUAUAGUAUUUUAGAUUUUGUCCAUUUCCUCGUCAAAUAGUGAAAUCUGCCAGUAACAGCUAUUUGGUAAAGACAAUAAUAAAACUGAUGACAUCAUCAUUUGUCUCAUGCUAAGAAUCAGGAUCAACUACAGAAAGAAUCUGAAUUAUAAACAAAUAAUUGAAAAUGUUGAAACACGCGGAUCACGAUGUUAAAGUGACGAUCUGCAGUAAAACCUGGAGGCGGAUAUCGUUUAAGUCAUAUUAAUAUAAUAUUUGAACAUCCUGCUCACAAACAAACAACCAGCUAUGAAAACGUGUCGUCUCUGUAGCUUCUGGAUUUAACGACUUUUAUUCAGGCGACGUAACGACGCCGUGAAGUUUUAUGUAAAAAAAAAAAGAUAUAUAAAAAGAUAAAAAGUAAAAGUGAAGACGUCUCUGUUCAGUCCGGCUGUGACACACACCACCCUGUGCAUUGUGUUGUUUUCUCCAGUCAGUUCACAUGUUGACCUUCAUGUUGUGUGAAACCUCGUGCCUCCAUCGGUGUCUCACGUCCUUCUGCCUUUCAGCCUCACACGAGCACCACAAGUCAUUUGAAAACAAACGUGUACAUACGCAGAGUUUCAGACUGAAAGCAAUAAGUGUUGAUCUGUGACGAGGUCCCAGCUCCGCCUCCUCUGAGCCGAAUAAAGUGCAAUAUUAAAAAACUGA